UGUGUGUGUGUGCAGCCUAUUCUCUAAAUAACCUGUUGAUCCAGUCAAGCUGAGACUCUCUCAGCCUCAGGAGGGGACACGCUCCGCCAAUUUUCUUCCUCAUUUUCUCCUGGAUUUCAUCUUAACUUGGUCGCUCCAGCUGAUUCACUGUGAGUGUUUCAUCAGAUUUCACACGCAUUUCCCGGGUCAUCACGAACAGAUGGCACUGAUUUCAGUCCUGUAGCGCCUGUGUGUGACACAUCAGGUCGAUUAAAAGAGUUAUCAAGACAAGUUUUACAGUGGAUGUCCAGGAGACUCUAGGGAUCCGAGGAAAAAUCUGCCGCAAGGCAAAGAGGAGAUCUCCACAGUGGAAGAAGCAUGGACUGAAUGCCUGCCUGUGUUUCUGUGAGCCGUGUGCAUGAAGCUGAAAGGAAAUCAUGUCAGCGAUACACACCUGGGCCUGUUUCCUCCUCUGGAUCGGCUUUGCAACGCAGGACAAAACCCCAGAUGUCACUGUGACGUGCUUCGUCUCGCAGGAGUGCGUGCUGCCCUGCAGCUUCCAGCCGGGCGGCGAGGAGAUCGUCGAGUGGUUCAGACAGGACGUGGUGGUGUACAAGUUUGAGCGGGAACCUGAUGAUGAUGAUGAUGAAGAUGAUGAAAACAGCAGCAAAGAGCACUUCGAGCACGAGCAGAUAGCCGGCCGCGCAUCCUUUUCCCCGCAUUUCGUGUCCCGCGGGAACGCCACGCUGAUCCUCAGGGGGAGUGGUCUGAAGGACAGAGGCACGUACAGGUGUCGAGUGCGCACGUCGAAUGGCGAACACAACGCAAAGGUCAUCGUGAAGGUGGAAGCACCCAUCCAGGGCCUGUCUGUGGAGCUGACCAGGCUGAGCGGCUACGAGGAGAUGAAGUGCACCGUCCGUGAUGUUUUCCCGGCCCCUCGGGUAACCUGGGCGACCGAGCCGUCCACUUUCGAGGAACUUCGACCGGUCACGCGCAUGAUUGCCAACAAACAGGGGCUGUACACGGUCGACAGCCGCCUCAAGAGGCUGAACGGACGACCCAACCUCAUCUACAUCUGUAAAGUCACACCUUCCUACGGGGGUCCGGCCUGGACGGCCUCACUCAGGGAAAGAGAACUAAAAGGAGCUCAAGGAAGAGACCUGACCAUCCCCUGCCACGCCCCCCCUUACCUGAACAACCCCUUCCUCCACUGGAGCUUCACCAACGGCGGGGACCCCUCCCACAUCCUCACCUACGACAGCCGGUCGGGGAAAAGCGUCUCCACGUCGCCCUGGGACAACCACGUGGAGCUGGACGGCUUCCGGGUCCCCUUCGGAGACGGCUCCCUGCGUCUGAUGGACCCGCACUCGGAGCACACGGGCAGCUACACAUGCGUGUUCUCCGUGCCGCGCAACACGCACACCGAACGCACGGAUGUCAUCAUCGACGGCCCUGUUGGUGAGCAACGUACCGCAGAGGCGCCAUCUUAUUGGUGGAUUGUUGGUCUGGUGAUUGCAGUGCUGGUUCUGGUUCUGGUUCUGGCUCUGGCCGGCCUGCUGGUCUACCUGAAGAUGAAAGGGAGGACCUCGAAGAACAGAAGAGACCCGGAGCACGUGACAGAGCUGCGUUUAGUCAAAGACUCGACCGCCGACAGGAACCUGAAUGAGAGCAGCCCGCUGACGGUUGGAGGCACCAACGGACAAUCAGACCCCCAGACUGGAUCUUAGUUAACCUGAGGACAGACAGAAACAGCACGGCAUCACCGCAAACUAACAAAAUACUAACACAACAAACACGCACACAGCUGCACACUGACGAGGAACUAGCUGCUUCUUACGGACAGAAGGUUUCUUCGAGAGCUUUUAAAAAUAUAGUUUAAAUGACUUUUUUGGGCUCCUUUGGAAACCCUGACAAACGGAGGUUUAAGUGCAAAACAUGCACUUCAAAAACAAAAUGCUUUCAGUGUCUUCAUGAAGGGUUUGUGCAACCUGCUGUUACUUUGGGAACUGUUUUAGGGUUUUCUCAUAAUGAACCCUGAAGACGCAUCCUGUCGAGUUAUCACCAUCUCUUCGCAGGAAACUAAACAAAACGCCCACAUUUGGCCUCAUGUGAGAUUGCCAACAACGGUCGUUCAGACUUGGCCUCGGGUGAGUCUCCUGCCGUUACACACACGGGAGCACAGCCGUUUGAAGAGUUGUCGUCAUCUUGACAACAACCCCACAGCCGUUAAAUAGCUCGGUUUUCCUACAGUUCAGUCUGAACUGAAGCAGUCUCUCGGAUGAGAGACAAAACACCUUCAAACAAGUCUAAUUGCCUUUAAUUUUAACCUACGGAUUGUAAAACAUUUGCACCGUAGAAACGACCAAGGAACCCUUUUAGGAACCCUAACCUGCACUAGAUCAGAGGAACAAAAUGGUCUGGAUUUAGUUCCUGGUUUCAAAGCCGUCGCUGCUCAGUGGGCAAGACUUUCCAAUGGCCCAGGAACUACUGGGGCAGAGUUUGAAAUGUGCAACGUCGCUCAGAGGGGCUGCUGCUUGGGUACAGAUUGAAGGCCUGGUCACAUAUUUAUAAAUGUUAAUUAAUUCACGCAGACUUUGCAAAACACUUGCAAGUACACGCUAGCAGUGUACGUUCUAGUAAGACUAGUCACAGCUCCUGGAGAGUCUCUCCUGAUCCCUCUACCCUUGUUAGGUUGGCAGUCCAGAUCCAGGAGCAGACACGGAGGAAAGGUUGGAAACAGGAAUAGAGGUUUAUUGAACACAAAGGUAAUGAUGGUGUUUUGAAAUCCUCUGGGGCUGAGAACGGCAGACAGGCGGGAGGCAUGCAGGUCCCAAAAACAACAACAUGGCUCACGCAGGCAGACUGGGCUCAAAGGACCGAAGCGGGUAUCUGAAGCAGGAGCAAAAGACACAAAGUCAACAAAGCUUAAAGAAGGAGAUACUAGCGGCAGACUAUCUAACAAAAACCACUUAGGCUGGCCGUAGCGAGUGUUACCACUUCGGGUGACUGGCCGAUUUGGCAGAGACCGGUCGGAAAGCCGGGGUUUUAAGACAGGAGCGGUGAUUGGUCGAUCUGGGUCAGGUGUGUAGGAAGCCACAGGUGUCCUGACGAGGAGGGAGGGAGAACCAGGAGCGCCACAGCCAAUCAGCACAGGACAGUCA